UGCGAUGACGUCGCGUCUCUUGUGCCGCUCUCAUCUCGCUGUCAUCGUGGAUCGCACAGCCAUGUGAUCGUCUUCCCCUCCCGAUACGAACGACUCACGAGCGGAUUCUCAGUGCGAAUUUCGCAACGCGCUUCGACAAUCGCCGAGGGGCGAUCACGUUUUUCUUUUCCCACGUAUCGAGAUGAAAAUUUUAUUUACGACAAUUUUUUUUACGACAACUUCCCACGGCGCUGAAGAAACUCGAAGAAGACUUGAAAGAGCGGCGUGGGAGAGAAAUGGCGGAGCACGCCGAUGAAUGGUACCACGUGCGAAUCGGUGCCGAAGACAGCGACGGGACUUUUCUGCGGUUCUUCUUCGCGACGUGGUGCUAAGAUUGCGAACCACUCGGACAGGUGCGUGAAAAACAGUGGUGGAGCGUACGGAGCAUGUGAGACAAUGCGGUGGUGUGGCGGUCCUUGCGACCUCCUGCGUCGCAAGUUCUUCGUCCUCCUAGUCCUGAUUGGCUGCAGCGAUGGCUAUCUCAAUAUAUUCAUCAGUCAGUCGCAAGUCAUGAAACUCUUGGGACUCGAGGCUGAGUUGUAUUACGUACGGGAGGGGGUGGUCAACACGUACGCGAUGAAUUUCGUCGUGCCUGUGCCGGCGAACAUAGCGGACUUGGAAUUUUCAUGGAGGAGUCUCGUAGGUCACCCGUUAACGUAUUCGAUGAAACUUGAUUACGAUGUGGUGGGUGUACCGGGCGGACCGUCUUCCGCGAUGAUGGAAGCGCUGUUUCCACCGAGGGUAAACGUAUCGGCCGUAGGCGAGAUUCCGGUCACCCUUCAGGUCUUCAGGAUCAGACUGCCGUGCUCGGGCCGUGUAAGCGCCGAAAUUCCUCUGGCGCUGAGAUUGAACGUUACCGCGCCACCCGGCGGCAAGUACAACGACACCAUUUUGGUUUUCAAGAGGAACAAAAUCUGUCUGAAAGGUGUCGAAACUCCUCCUAGCAAUGAUUCGGUGCGUCUGGAACCUGGACCGCUCGUGAACGGAGCUGGUGUGUUUUACGUCGCGGCCACCCUCGCGUGCGCCUUGAUUUUGGUCGUCGGCAGUGUCGGCAGUGCGCUGUACAUUCGCAAUAGCAAGGCUCGCGUUCAAGAAUCACAGAAAACUCUGCCCUGCUGCAGCUACUCCGCGGCGGACACCGGCGGCCUGGCCAGAAGUUCCGUCCUGGUCAGAGUCGACCCACGACCCGGGAGCGCAAAUUCCGGAAGUUACGCCACCAUCGCCGAUCUCGAGCCGCUGUACGCGAGGCCGUGCGGUUCGCGUGCGAGUUACUACGCGGCGAGCCACGUGACUCAUCUCAGCCAGUCGACAGAUCCGUGCGAGAAGGCCAGAGCUCUCGCGGUAUCAAGAUCGGCAUUGUAUUGCCGUACUCUCGUGCAAGAGGGUACUUUCGGUCGCGUAUACAAAGGAACGUUGGAGGUAGCCGGACGGGAACAGGAAGUCAUCAUAAAGACAGUCACAGAAGUGGCGUCCGCUUACCAAGCCUCUCUUUUGGUGGUGGAGGGUUCGCAACUCGCUGGAUUGGUUCACACAAACAUCGCCUCUUUGGCGGCCGCUUGUCUGGACAGUUCGUGCCCUUUGCUGGCUUACACAAGCACUCCCGGCGAACUGAACUUGAAGGUCUACCUUACCGAUGGAAAUCAUCACCCGGUGACUAGAGAUCUGGUGCAUGUGGGCGCACAGAUUGCCAGGGCUGGUGCAUUUCUCCACGGCCGAGGACUGUUGCACAGGGAUAUCGCCGCCAGAAAUUGCCUGAUCGAACCGAGCAGCCUUCGUGUGAGAUUGGCUGACGCUGCCCUGGCUCGAGAUCUCUUCCCUCAGGAUUACCAUUGUCUCGGUGAUAAUGAGAACCGACCUAUACGUUGGAUGGCCUUGGAGACUCUCCAGCGCAACGAGUACAGCACGGCAACCGAUGUGUGGUCCUUCGGAGUUUUCUUAUGGGAAUUGGCGACUCUGGGUCAACAGCCGUAUGUGGAGGUGGACCCGUUCGAGAUGAUGGCGUGUCUUCGGGACGGAUAUCGGCUCGCUCAACCGAGACCUUGCCCCGACGAACUGUUCGCCUGUAUGGAAGCCUGUUGGCUCGGACUCUCCAGGGAUCGGCCAACCAUGCCGCAACUUCUCGCCUAUUUGCAAGAUUUUCACGACGCUCUGGGCGGAUUUAUCUGAGCAAAUCCGUACAGUGAUGUGAUCGCGAUUCCGCUCGAAGGACCGAUAAACGCGCGAUAUAUCGGCGAGGAUUAAAUACAAAAAAAAAAGAAAAAAAAAAAGAAAAAUCUAUCGCAAUUUGAAAAAGCCUAUUCUAAAACGCCGAAAGUACGUCCAUUAAGUUCGUAAUCAAAUCGAUUGAAAGUCCGAGGGGAGAAUAAAAUCAAAUUCACAUGGAAUUGAACGUCACUGCCCAUUUGCGACGCACACCUUUACUCACACACACACACACGUACUCACUGCAUUUGGUAACGUAACGCGUUCCGUUUUCGACCGACUAAUCGCGAAUCGAAAUAAAUCGACGAAUAAAAAAACUUCGCGACGAGCAUUUAAAAAACAAAUCGACACGGAUAUAUCCGUCCAUUAAAGAAUUUUUGUGUCUCGUACUUGAGCGAAAAAGAAAAACAAAACCAAUUUACACAAAAUGUCAGUAUUUUGAAAGGAGUCAUUCUUCAUAAUGCGGAUAAGCAAAACAAGUUGAAGUCUCUUUCUGUUUUAGCGAAGAAACAAACAAGCAAACGCGCUAUAAUUAAAGUUCGCAACUUGACGUCAGUGUGACGUGCGCAAAAUCAAUGCGCAAUGUAAAAAGGUCGUUAAAUAUUUAAAUAGAAUUUAUAUCACCUAAUUAAAUAUUUAUUGUACGAAUCACAGAAAAAAAAAAACAAAGCACAAACAUACUUUAGAAAAGUAUAACGUCUCCCUAAAAAAAAAAAAAAACCCAAAAAAAAACAAAAAAAUAAGAAAUAUAAAGACCUUUUCUGCACAGGCUUGGUUUGGAUUUUACUUAAUUGAUUAAAUUCAUUUGUGUGAGUUGCGCGAAGAUCUACAUUUCUGAUUCUCAGUCGCGUUCGUUUGCUUUGCUUUGAACUACGAAGAAGCGGUAUUCGGCGAGCGCCUUUGGCACGGCAAUUCUUUAUCCUCCUGAUGCGGUUGUAACGCAGAUUCAGGCGACUGAAUGUGAAAAUGUCGCUUCUUUGAGCGAGUAUUCAUUAACGUCUGUAAAUAGAUGGCUGUUUUAAUGCGUAAACUUCGAAUCGUGUAAUUUACAGAGAGCGAGAGCUUAUUCAUUCGAUUCUAUGAAAAAGUUUUUUACGUUUUUUCUCCGACGUAUCACAAAAACGAGAGAAUAAAAUGAGAAGAAAGCGUUCAGAUUGAGA